UGAGAGCAACACAAGUGCGCUGGGAACGUACCUACGGUACUCAAGCUGGUAGGUAUCGUAGGUACAUGUACCUGCGGUACAUGUACUUCGGUAAUUGUAACCAAAGAGAGCCCGGGGAGCACUAGUACUGGAGUAUCUCAAGGAGCCCGAGCCUGAGCCUGAGAAGAGCCGCAUAUUCUUAACUCGAACUUGACUCGGACUCGGAAGGGUACUAGUAACUUGAACUCUCCGGCGGACCGUCUCAGCCGCUGCACCGUGACUCCGAAACUCGAACUUGAAGGUGCGUGGUACCCCUUUGGUUCUUGCCUCAUUCGCAGGUAUUCACCGUCCUAUAAUUACAGACGUCGCACUCGGACCCGAACUCGGAGACCCGGGCCCAGUGCCGCCGCAGUGCUAUACGGUCAUACGGUAUCGUGACCCAGCCUGAGGUUAGUACUAGUCAUGGCGCCGUGGCCCCAGGGCCCCGGGCAGAAUAGCCUGAGGUGGACGUUCCGCCCAGAGGAAGUAGAAAGAGGAAACCCUCUAGCCUAUUCCCAAGGAUGUAUCUUCCCACUCAGGCUACUACGAUUCCGAGUCCAAGUUCGAAUUGAAGUUGAGUAUACCGUGACUCGGACACUGGCACUGUCGCAGUUGUUCUAUUGGCUUUGCCUCUAUCAUGAUAGACCAACUUUUAUCCAAUACUCACGCCGGGUACCGCGAAACUCUCUCCCGAGGCAGCCCAGGGCCCUUGCUACAUUAUACAACGCUACGGCGUUCUCUUGCUAAGGAUAUAUAUGUAUUUGUACCUACAUGGUACCUACGGUAUUGUUAUAGAGGCGUGCACCGGCAACUGUACGAUGGGGCCGAUCAAACAAAGCUCGAAACGGUUGUCUACGAUUUGGGUGGUGGCUCUAUGUAUGCUCACGCGAGAUUGCAACCUAAGUGAAGAGUACAGGGUAGAAUGGCCGUUUUUUAUGUUCUCGAAAACGACUGAAAUUACCUACCAGUCUUCGAAAUAUCCGCCCGCAACAAGCUCCUCCGGGGAUGCAUAUGCUACAAAUCGCGGGGUGCCGCCAAGUUGUGAUUGUUGGGAGACAGGACGCGGAGACAGUGACUGCGAAGUCUUUGACUGCACUUGCAUAUGCGAUUUGACCGCUGGUAAACAGUCUGGCUCUACGUUACCGUAAAUUUACCUUGUAGGUGAAUGUGACCACAAUUGCUGUUGCGAUAAGGAGUGCGAUGAGGCACAGAGGCAAAGAUUUGAUGCAAUACAGGCAUGUCUGCCCGAGGGAACGCAAAAUGGAGAGAUAACCAGGCGCGGCAGUGCCAGCACUGACUACGUCGAAUCAUUAUGCGGCGGACCCCAGGUGCUAUUCAACAAAGGAUGUGGAUCAGGUCAACCCAAAAUUUCCUCUAUCGACGCGAGGUACCAACUCAGUGCAAGCAGAACAUGAGGGAAGGGAGGAUAGUUGACUAGUUGUGCAACCCAGGCACCGCGCGAGGUUCUGUAGACCGAAUGCUCUGCGUUCAAUAUGACAACUCGAAUUCCCAAAGAAAAUUUUACAAGGUGCCCAUCUCAAGCAAAGUUCAUCCAGACGGGAUCGCGAUAUUCAAAACACAACUCAUUUAGGAUCCUAACUUGCUUAGCGCAAGUACCGUCGACAAAGAGCUUGCACAAACCGAGCUUGGCUACUCCCAAUGGAAAGCAAGCCUGCCAGUUGUGAUUGUGUUGUGGCUUCCAAUGAUGUGAUGCUAACGUAUUUGUUGCAGGUCAUAGUGGAUAGAUACUACGAUUCCGGCGAUUCCAUUGGUGCUGUUUUUUCAAGCAUUGAAGCAGAUUCUGCUUUGGUUUGCGCAUGCUGUGCGGUCAAUGCUUUGCCUCGUUACAUCAUAAAUCAUAAUCUGCUGGCCAGGUGGCAGCUUUUGCCGGGAGUCUUCCAUUGCCAACGAACACACAACUCGGAGAGCACGUCUUCUUUGGGUACUAAGCAAAUAAACAAGGCAACAUAGGUGCUCUGAGUAUGGUCUGGCCCAGUUUGCAACGUCAGUGGCUGUUUAUAGAAUAAAGUCGUAUUUAAGUAUAUGUCAUAGGGCCACAACAACCAAGUGCAUUCGGGUUUUCGACGCCGAGAGCCUGAGCCGAGCUUGUCAGAUUGGUAUUCUUGGCAUUAGCCGCUUUACUACAAAGCUACGUGUCGGGAGCAGCUUUACUACGAGCCACGGAAGUAUGUCGGACGCGGGAAGUAACUGGGUAAAUGUGCCAACAUCAGUCACGAGUCCAUGCGAACUCUCUCUUUCUCUUAUGUACUCCUUUAUCACACAGGUUGCUGUUGACCACAUGAGUUGGCAAAACUUUACAACCGGAGAAUUGAGCCGUCCUUUCCAGGGCAAAGAUUGUGAAUCUAUCUAUGACAGUGGCACGGAGCCCCUUACAUCUGCACUGAGCUCAGAAGAAUCGACAACACCAUGCUUAAUAGCAGAUGCCCGGAGGCCACCAGCUCCAGCAUGUCGCAAUACCAUUGCUAGUAUCAAGUAUACAAUACAUCACAACGGGGACGUGCAAAACAAAGGAAAACAACAAAUUGUGGCAGUUAAUGCUACCAUUGCAAGCAAGCGUGUUACAUACGAUAUGGACAAAACAAGUAUGGAAGUUAUAGGUGCUGACUGACAUUCCAGCUGCAGUCACGGACGAAGAUGGUCUAGUUGUCGUUCAGCAGGAGUAUUCCGUUCAGUUCAGAAGUGAUGCCGAUGUUCCUCCGUCAAUGAAAUCAGGUAAUCCGGGCUAUAUAUUUGGACGCCCUAUCCCCGUCAUACCCCAUCGGAUUGGUUACCUCGGGGUGCUUGGCGCUAUUGCUGAUGAGGCUUGCACAGACCACAAGAUCAAUAUGGUUUGACAGAUAUUGAAUAAAUUGCUUUAACUGAGCGUUGACAUCACAGGUAACUUUUGGCGUAAAUGUUCAUUCCGGUUGCUUACUUAAGUUAAAUCGGUCAGAACUGCGUGACUUUUGCGUAAGAUCUCCCCUUUGCCUAACAAACAAUUCGUCACUCUGAGCUUGUCCUUCAAGGUUGGCAAUGGACCGCACGCUGCAGGAAAAGGCUUGCCGUAUGUUCACAGCGAGAAUACAUAUUAUCACCCUUGAGAGUACACAAAAUAGGCGAUACUUCAAUACAUCGCAUAUUUUCAAUGCAGCUUUUGAAAUGACAGACUACCGCGUGAUGUCCAAAGUCCUUCUACAACAAGACAUCAGCCUGAGAAAUACAUUAGGUUGGAAUUUUUGGGAAUGCAGCGGACCCACGUGACAAUUCACAAUGGCUGAAACUUCCUCGUCCGACUCGCAAUGACGCCGACUGGCAAGAGCGCAGUGGAAGUUGCAAAAAUGCAAUUACGAGCAUGAACUACCGUGAGUGUACUAGAUCUCUUCUACAUUGAGCUACGGGAGAUUUAGGGUUUAUAUGGACAUAUGUCGGUGCACAGGGUAACCCCCAGGCAAAAAUUAUCGGAGCGCGGAUAAGCUUUGGUACUUCUGAUAUUAAUUACCAUCACAGCACAGUCCCUAGCACAAGUCAGAGUAUUUCAAUAACAGCAACCGCGACCUUUGUCAAGAAGGAUUCGGAUUUUGUUGAUUACUCACCGCCCUCUCCCCCUGUUGCCAUAUCAGUUCCGCAUGAUGUCUGGUAUCCGUUUAAGAUAGAUUCGCACAGCGACAGGAGAACCCCAUUUCUGAGUCUCUCCUGGAUCUUUGCUGCUAGCUUGGUAGUGGCAAAUUAACAAUCCCCGUGAGAUAAGCAGAGAAUGCACCCAAAAGCGAGCAAAAUUACCGAGAUGGUGUUGAAGGUUACCAGGGUUAAGCUAACAAUUAAGCUCCAGGCACGCCAAAGCGUCGUCCAAUGUCGGGUGUUUCGUUGAUCUUGGCACUCUUCAUAAAAUCACGGGGUCGCGUCAAUGCGAACUGCUUUAUGACUGCUUGGCGACCUGAAUACACACCCAGGGGUCCGCAAGUAAGAGAACUGCAAGUUAUCACACGAGAGCAAAAUUAUAGUGGCUCGGCCCACCGCAGAAGUCACCGCAGAGGCCCACCGUACCGGGACUCGGCGAUUGCGGCCCCCACCCAUAAUUACUUCUCGCUAAAUUCGCAAUUCACCGGUGUCAGUACACAGUCC